CUCCCCCCCCCGGCCCCAAACAGGAACAAAAAACCAUUGUUUCUUUGAUUUCUUGCUUCAUAAUAACCAAAACCCAUCACUGUUUUCACUUCAAAAAUAAAAAAUAUUGAGACAAAUUUGCAUGUUUUCUACGUAUUUGAGCUUAUUUUGGUGCAAAUUGAAGCAUAGAGAAGAGCUAAAAAUGGUGGAAUAUUGAGUUUCUUUGCAUAGCGUGAGCAUGUUCUUUGGGUUAGAAAUGGAGAACUAUCAAGGUGAUUUAAACGAUAUAGUUCGAGCUUCAGCAGAACCAGCUCAUUUUUCCGAUAUGGUUCCUCAACUUUCAAGCUGGCAACAAGAAUUCCCUUCUUCCGAUCCGUUGAGUUUUUCAUCGUCGGCCAUGGAAGAUGAUUAUAGUACGAACACUUUCGGUGACCCUUUUUCCGCCAUUAGAGACCCGCUUCUUCUUCUUCAAGAGCUCAACGUUGUGGGAACUGGUUCGAGUUCAACUUACUUUAAUAACAGCCCUAAUUCAACUAACGAUCAUCAUCACAUGGGUGGUUUCGACGAUAUGACGAGCCCUUGCAACAUUUUUUCUCGGAUUCAGAUCUCUCAUAGCUCUAAUCCACUACCACCGUGUGAUCCGCCGCGGAUGGCUGCUGCUUCCACUGGUCUUGGUGGACAUAAGGCGCCUGCUGUGUUCCCAAGCGACAUGGUUAAUGCAAAAAGUUGCUUGAUUGAUAACACCGCCGCCGCCGCCUCAGUCCCAGUGCAGAUCUCAUCUCCGCGGAAUCUGGGUAUCAAGAGAAGGUUAGGAAAGAGCCAGGGAAAGAAGGUGGUAUGUAUUCCAGCACCAGCAGCUGCAAAUAGCCGGUCUAGUGGAGAAGUAGUUCCCUCCGAUCUGUGGGCAUGGAGAAAAUACGGCCAGAAACCUAUCAAAGGUUCUCCUUAUCCCAGGGGAUACUACAGGUGCAGUAGUUCCAAAGGCUGCUCGGCGAGGAAACAAGUCGAACGAAGCCGAACCGAUCCGAACAUGCUGGUUAUAACCUACACAUCCGAACACAAUCAUCCAUGGCCAACCCAAAGAAACGCCCUUGCUGGUUCAACAAGGUCUCAACCAUCAAAACCCAAUGCUAAUAACACCGGUUCCAAGAUGGGUUCACCGAGUGAUUCUGAGCCCCAAAAGACAACCAAAGAGACCAUUAAAGAAGAGACAGAAAUGGACGACAUGGCAAAGCAACAGCUUGACAUAGACGAAGCAACAACGGUAGAAACACAGCAACAACAACAUGAUCAAGAUUUCUUUGCUGAUUUAGAUGAAAUAUUGUUUGAUCAACAAAAAGAAAACAAACCCAUGGAUCCAUUUACUUUAUUUGAUUACAACAAUGCUUCUUUUUGAAAAGAGAAGCCAUUGAUAUGAAGAUUUGAAGAGUGGGGUAAUCUGUAAAUAAACAAAACCUUAUAUAAAACCAUGUUUAUGGUAUGUUGUUAUUUACCAGAAUAGUGUCAGAAAAA